AUGUUUUCGCCUCUACGACUAGCUAGGAGUCGUUUGCUGAAGAUCUCAUCGUGUAGAGCACUACUUUGCCAAGUACCACCCAUACGCUAUCCACGAAUACGCCUAUCGGCUUUUCCCAGCACUGACACUGCUGUGUUUCGCACAUUCAGCUUCUCUGCAGCACGUAAAAUGGAGACCUGUCCAGCUCCAUUGAAGGAAAAGUAUGAGCGUCUGCCGACAUUUGCCGUACCAGAACACUACGAUUUAAAUAUCGUCCCUGAUAUGACUGCUUUUUCAUUUUCUGGAAGUUUAAAUCUCAAAAUUCGUAUAUUAUCGGCCACAGAUGUCAUUAAACUUCACAUGAUGACAAUCAAAAUUGACUCGGCUAAGAUGACGUUGGAAAAUGGAUCGGUCAUGAAGGAUUUGCAGCACUCAUAUGAUCCUAAAUUCAAUAUUGUUACUUUCAACCUUGGUGCUCUUGCUAGCCCGCAGACGGCCACUCUCUCACUCGAGUACACCGGUGAAAUCAACGACAAAAUGCGUGGUUUUUACAGAAGUUCCUAUAAGGACGAGCAAAAUCAGGAGAAAUUCCUUGUCUCUACACAGUUUGAGUCUACUUAUGCUCGUUAUGCGUUCCCAUGUUUCGAUGAGCCAAUUUACAAAGCAACAUUCGACAUAUCACUAAUUGUUGAUCCUGGGAUGACGGCGCUUUCCAAUAUGCCAAUUGUGAGUGCUGAUCCUUGUGAAUUUCAUGGUGCCAAAAAAGUUCGUGUUAAAUUUGACCGAACGCCGCAAAUGUCCACUUAUCUUGUUGCGUUCGUGGUCGGGGAAUUAGACUACAUCCAGACUUCUUCAAAAAGUGGCACCGAAAUAAGGGUGUACACUAUUCCUGGAAAACGAUGCCAAGGGACAUUCUCACUAGAUCUUGCGGCUAAAGCUAUAGACUGGUAUAAUAACUGGUUUGGUAUAGAUUAUCCACUGCCAAAAUGUGAUCUCAUUGCUAUUCCUGAUUUUAGUAUGGGUGCUAUGGAGAACUGGGGAUUGGUAACUUACCGCGAAGUUGCUCUACUCGUAGACCCGACAAAAUCUUCUACUCGUCAAAGAUCUCGUGUCGCACUCGUUGUAGCUCACGAACUCGCUCAUUUUUGGUUCGGGAACCUUGUUACUAUGAAAUGGUGGACGGAUCUGUGGCUGAAAGAAGGUUUUGCCUCUUUUAUGGAGUACCUAUUCGUUGGAUAUAAUUGUCCAGAGUUCAAGAUCUGGGAGCACUUUGUAAACGAUGAGUUAGCACAAGGAUUCAAUCUCGAUGGUUUGCGAAACAGUCAUCCAAUAGAGGUUGAAAUUGACAAUCCUUGUGAGCUCGAAGAAAUUUAUGACAACAUUACAUAUGCUAAGUCGAAUGCCAUCAAUCGUAUGCUGUUCUUCUACCUCGGGGAACCAACAUUCCAAGAUGGCUUACGGCUGUAUUUGAAAAAAUUCCAAUAUGACAAUGCUAUAACGCUAGAUCUCUGGGAAGCGUUAGGCAAGGCCUCCGGACAAGAUGUUGCUAAGUUAAUGUCUGGUUGGACCAAACAAAUGGGGUAUCCCGUUGUUACUGUCAGUAGUAAACAACAAGGAACAAGCAGGAUUUUGACGCUUUCUCAACGAAGAUUCCUUGCGGAUGGUGGAGAGGACACGAGCAAUUCUCUGUGGCAGGUGCCCAUAAAUGUCUGCGUUGGUACCAAUCCUGCAGAAGUAAAAGGGAAGUUUCUCCUUGUUGACCCUGAGCAGGAGAUUGAAGUGCCCAAUGUUGGUGAGGACGAAUGGGUGAAGUUGAAUGCUGGUUCGACGGGAUUCUAUCGCGUGGAAUAUAGCCCUGAGAUGUUGCAAGCUAUGAUACCAGAUAUUGCCAAUGGCAAUAUGCUGCUUCUAGAUCGAUUCUCUGUAGUGAACGACCUGUUUGCUCUUGUUCAAGCAGGUCGAACUGGAGCGUCCACAUUCCUUUCCGUCCUAGCAUCUCUUCAAAAUGAAGAUGAAUAUAUUAUCUGGCAGUCUCUAGCAGGAGGAAUUGAGGAUCUUGCAAAUGUUUUAAAUUAUGUUGAUGGCCCUAUUUCAAAACGGUUCAAUUCUUUCAUCAUAGCAGUAAUGGCAAAUCUUGGAGCACGCUUAGGAUGGGACUGUCAUGAUGGCGAAGAUUCUCAGCGUGGUAUUUUGCGAGCUGUUGUACACGGAAGACUAAUGAGAGCUGGCCAUGACGAAACUAUUGAGAAAGCACUCUCCUUGUUUUCGGACCACGUGGAAUCAAAGCGACCUCUACAUCCCGACCUGCGCCUCUGUAUUUUCACAAAUGCAGUAAGAAACGGAGGAGAGUCCGCGUUUAACCAGCUACUGCAAAUUUACGAGACUGUAGGAUUUCCGGAAGUUGAGAGAAACUGCAUCACUGCGCUAUCACAAACCCAAGACCCGAACCUGCUCCAGCGACUUUUCAAGUACGCUAUUCAAGAUGGAAAAGCUCGUGCUCAAGAUCACAUGCUGCUGUUCUAUGGAGCAAGUGUGAGUAAAGUAGGACAACAGUUCCUGUGGAAUUAUUUCAAGGAGAACAUCGCUUCUCUUAUUGAAAAAUUUGGAGGGGUCAAUUCGUCUCUUUUCCAGAGGUGCAUGAAACUAUCUAUUGAACGUCAAUGUUCUGAAAGCUUUGCCCAGGAAGUGGAGAACUUCUUCUGCAACACACUGCCACCUGAAGAUUUACAAACACUCAGUCGCCCUAUCAAACAGGCAACGGAAUCUGUUCGAUUAAACGAGAAUUUGCUGCAGUCAAAUGUCGCUGAUAUUGAUGAAUUCCUCAAUUCUCAAGGAAUGUAG